AUGGAAACAUUUGAAAAUGAGAAUCUUUUAGAUGAUAGUCAAAGAAAUUAUCAAAUAGUAGGAAAGACAACACCACGGAAAUAUUGGAUAGGUUUAAUAAUAAUAUUACUUUCAAAUAUAAGUUUAUCAAUAAUAUCUGUAUCAAUUUGGCCUUAUUUACAUAAUAAUAAUAUAUCUAUAUUUUUUUUAGCAGCAGCAAUUAGUGGAUUUCAUACAGGAUCAUCAAUUGGUAGAAAGUUUUUUUCAUAUUAUAUAGAGAAAACUCAAAGUUAUUGGUUAUUGUUAUUUACAUCAUUAGGUAUAACAUUGAUUGGUGAUAUAUUGUAUGCAUCUUAUCCAAGUCAAUCGGUUGUAUUAGUAUCUAGAACAUUGGUUGGAUUUGGUACGGGUAGUCAAGUUGUAUUACAAAGUUUAUUAACAGAAGCGGCCGAUCCAAUUCUAUUGAAAACUAGAAUUUCAAAUGUAUCAUUCUUCACCUCAUUAGCCUAUAUAGUUGGUCCAGCAAUAAUUGCAUCAAUAUCUUCAAUUGAUUUAUCAAAUACACCAUAUAUUCAAACUACAAAUUCUCUAAAGGUAUUAGUAUGGUUCUCUGCUUUCUUAACAUUCUCUUGUAUAAUAAUAACAAUAAUUGGUAAAAUCAUUGAUAAUUCAAUUUCAAAACAUUAUAAAUCAAAUUUAAAUAAUUUAGAUGAUAAUAAUAAUAAUAAUCAAAUUAAUAAUCAUGGAUAUUUUGGAAUUAAUAAUAAUAAUAAUAAUAAUAAUAAUACAUUUAGAGUUUCAAAAAGAAGUUGUAUUAUACCAGCAAAUAUAGCGAUAGUUUUAUAUGGAUUUACACAUUAUUUAAUAUUUAAUGCAGGAAUGGUAUUGGAGACAUUGAUGAUACCUUAUAUGAUUGAUGUUGGUGGAGUGAGUGAUUAUGAUUGGAAUUUAACAAAGAUAGCUUUAUUUUUCAUUGGAUUGGGUGUUUCAUGUGCAAUCGUAUUGGUUCUAUCAAAAAAGAUACAAAAUCAAACCUUACUAUUAUUUUCAUCAUUGGUUUUAAUGACUGUUGGCUAUGGUUUCAUGGUGGUUUGGCAAUUCCCAAAUUAUAAAUUUACAACAAGUACAAUCGAUCCACCAUUAUUUAGAUUCUUAUUAGGUGUUACUUUUGUUGCAAUUGGGUUCCCAAUUGCUGUAACAUCUUCAAUCACAUUGUAUUUUGAAAUAUUUUCAAAUCUUCAACAACAGAAACCAUUCAUUUCAACUUUUUUUCAAUUGGCUUCAAAUUUAGGUAGAUUGUUAGGUCCAAUUUGGGCAGCACUCAUGUUUACUGAAGUUAAUGCAAAUUAUUCUUUCUUAUUUGCUAUGAUAAUUUGUUUAGUUUGUUUAUUAUUAUUAUUAAUUUUAAAAAAGUCAAUUAAAUCUAUAAAUUCAAAUCAAGUUUAUAAUCCAAAAAAUGAUCCAAUUAUUAGAAUGGAAGAUGAAGGUGAUGAAACAAAUCAAUUUUAA